AUGGCCAGUGAGUGGUUUGAUGUCGUCGUCACACGCUUCGAAUAUAUGAUGGCUUCUUUGCGAAUGUUGCUGACCCUGCUUUGACCGGGCGGAUUCGAAAAUUUGGAAAUUUUGAUCCAGUGAGCCAAUAGGACGGAACACAUCCAACUUAAGAUUUGUCUUCUUGCUGCUGGUACCAUGCAUCCCGUUUGAUGGAUUAUAAUGAAAGGAAUCCUUUUUAAAUGGAAUAGUUAAUGGACGAUUGAAAAACAGUAAAUGAAACGGGAAAUGUUUGUUUGAGCAGCGGGUCUUCUCUUGCUUAAUACCAACAACCCGCUGCUUCCAAUACAAAUAUCUGUACCUGGACGAUAGAGAAGGAAUAGCUAGUUAUCACUGCUGUAAUUGGCAAAUGAAACAAAAUAAUAACAAACCAGCACGGAGCUAUGUUUCAACAAGUUCAAUGAGUUUGGCUGAUUGGAGCAGUGAUUGACGAACUGAUUUCGUGAUAGGCAGCUCGCGAACUGCCGCCCGCGCAUUGAUCGCGAUAGCCUUUAGCUCGUUGCCUUGUGGCGGAGAAACCAAGCAGGAGAAACGUGCAACCACGUCACAGUCUGGGCGCCUGAUCACCGUAUCUCGCUAUCGUCUGCAGCGUCGUCUGCUCAGAGAAAGAUGUGCUUCAACAACAGGGGAAGCGUUCCAAGCUUAGAUAGUACGUAAAGGAAUGCAUCUGACUUUUUAAUAAAGGAUAACUGUAUUGCUUUUUAGAGGAUAAUUCAACAUACGAUCUAGCUUUAACGAUUGCUGCGGACGAAAUACAUUGAGUAGGCAGGACGUGUUAUCUCCUUUAUCGUUAGUGGAUUAUCGAGAAUUAACUAAAUAUUCACAGGCCGGCGAACUUUGUAACCGAACUGACUUAUGACCGCUGGGUGAACGUCCUCGAGGUGGCGACGUACGUUAGGAAAGAUUAGCUUCUAGGACAAGACAUACAUGCAGGACCUCCACACAUUGCUCCAGUUUUCGUUCCAAGAAUAUCUAUUACAGUUUGUAAAAGUUUCAAUUUUUCCCAAACUGGUGUGGAUUGGGCCAGUCGACAGGUGCUAGAUGAACCGGCAUUUCAUGAUUUGAGUGCUUAACAGGACUUAGUUUUUCGUUUUGUGUCAAAUCAACUUAGAAAGACUAAGUGCUCCAACGGAUGCGGUAAUAAUUGCUGAAGAUGAGUGGUGAAAGACAGGAGCCCCAAGUCCUAGUGCACAAUGAUUGAUAGAAUAUGCCAAUAUAGCGUGAUUAUCCUCGUAGGAAAUCUUGUUGUCCUCCAAAUCGUCGCGAUAGCUACAGACUACUGGGAAUACAGGAGUUUCAACAUUCAAGAAAUCCUCCCAAAGUUGAAAAAGUCAAACCUGACGAAAAUCCACGAUCCAAUUGACACGAGUUCGUACAUUAGUAUCUAUUACCUUCACGAUGAUCACGCGAAAGUUGCAAAUGUUGGCAAGUACAUUGGGAAUAACAGUGACUAUCAGCCGCCGGCUUAUAUUAGGAGGUUCUUCCAGCCUCGAAUAGUGACUACUAAUACCAGUACGGAGGUACGCUUGAAGGAAGUCAUCGAUUUAGUGGUUUUAUUUGAGCAAUAUGGGAAUCUUUUCAGAGACUGUGAUAACUUGGAAGCUGGAGUCCGCCGGCGACUGGGUAUUGCUGAUAUGCGACACGCACGGUGCCAUCACUUUAUUGCAAACAGUAGGAACGGCGAUUACGUAGCAACUGAACUGCCCGUCAUAAUCCAUUUGGAGCGCACCGCGUUUGCCUUAUCCGUGCUUAGUAUUUGUUCCAUCGUGUCUAGCCUUAUAGCGGGGAUGUACGGCUCUGUGGGCAAGGACAAGCGAGCCAUGAUAGGGGCAUCUUCCACUGCCCUCGCCUCAGGUAUUUCACUCACAACAUCUAUUGCUCUAUUCCAUGUAAAGUGCCACCUAUUGAAGAGACGGGAAUUCAUGGAGGGGAAAACAGUGCCCUUCAAGCGGAUAAUAGACGGUGCUAGAGUCUACAGUUACGGAUGGUCUUUCGUGCUGGCAUGGAUUUGUGUGGUGUUAUGCUUCGUGAGUGCGUGGACUUGGCUUCAUAAGGCUCAAGACAUCAACAUUAAGUACCGUCCGAGUAAGAUGCAUGCGAGGACGUAUUAUGCCUACCAGGGUGAAACUGAGAUUCCAGAUUAUGUAUGAGAGUGGUUGAGGCGGCAUGGGUUUCAGGAAUAAAUUACUAGUAUCUCGAAGAAGCAGUUCAGAUGAAGAAUUUCGGAAUAAGAGUUGGUUUUAUAAGGAUGGAGCUGGUUGAAUAAGGCCAGGUCUGUCUACUAUCAACCCAUCUGACUGGUGCUUUAGAAACUUAUGUUUUAAAUGGAAACUAUUUCGAGGGUCAAAGAUGUUUAAAUCUGCCAAGUAUUAUUUUGUGCCAAUUCCUGAAAUUUGAAGAUUGAAAAAACGUCUUGCUACAUAUUCUCAUUUUAAACACUGCACCCAUCUUAUUCCCAAUGCCUUGCGUUGAGGCAAAUUGAUUUUAGUUGUGGUGAAUGACCUUGGCCUUACGAUGUAACCUUGACCCUUUGGGUUUAGACAGAGGACAUGUGGCCCAAAGAGGACGGCAUAUGAUCUCCUCCAAGAUAUUUCCAAUUUUCUGCUUGCUUGCUUGACGUAUCGUUAUAAAUUAAUAAGCUGUAAAUGUUAUGUCAAAUAUGCAACUGAAUUGUGAUACAUUAACGAGGUUAAGCCUAUCUUAGGCCUACUGUUGCGGCAAAUUCGCCCAGUGAAAUCACGUCUGUCCCCGUCAGGUUGGAAAGUAAUGCUGAUGAACGUACUUGUAGGGUUCUUUUUGAGUAACAUAUGCCCAAUAUAGACGGAACUGCUGACAAAGGUGUGCAGGCGUGUAAUUUUUAGAUUGGUACCCGAUCGUCCGACAGUUAAUAGGAUGUCUCAGUCUCGGGAUUGUCCACUUCCAUAAAGGUCAAGGUCACAGAGCCGCGCGUUGAUUUGUGGAGAAAAUGAAGUGACGUUGAUAUGACUCGCUUGACCACUAAAGUGGCGCAUCGCCGAUCAUAAGUACAUGUAUAUCUUUCGGGCAAUCUGGGAACCAAUCUACAGUACCUUCAUUUGAGAUAUCUGCGCCAGCUUAUUGGCAAAACUGUGACGCAUAACAUUUAUGCGUGUGUGUAAUUAAGUAUUUUUCUUGCUCACGGCUGUAAAUAUUAUGUACAUAAGAUUUUUCUAUGAUAGUUGUAUAGGAAUUGAUCUCCAACACGUUUCAUCUCAAAGGUUUGUUUUUAUCUUUGAAAUUUGUUUCAUCUCGAAUUUUCUUGUGAACUGCCAGCAGGUGUUUCGGUGUGGAAAUCUUUUUCAAAAAUAUUGCUUUUUGCUAUAGUGUCACUUUAUGUAUGCUCGAGUAAACACUCAGUCUGAAACGGAAAUACUCAAAAACAGUAAAAUCUUUAGUGUUUGCCCUCAUUGUUUGGCAACGCUGAAAGCUCUGUCGUCACGUUUUUCUCUGUUAACAAGGUGGGUAAAGGUAUUGGUUUACCUUUGCAACACAAUAGAAACAAGGCUCUCCAAUUUCUGUGUUGGAUGGGUACACUCGGAUGAAAAUAAUAAAUGCGGGCCUUACGCCCCUCGAAAUCAUCUAAUCUUUUGUCUGUGUCUUUUAUGUCGUCAUUUCCUCUCCAUGUAAGCACGUAUAUUUUAGGCAAACCGAUACCUUUACCCACCGUGGUAUACCCCUUAUUGAAAAGCCGGCUGUGGUCUCUCUAGCUGCCUAUUGUAUAGAACAUUAAAAUAUGGGGAACAGCCACAGAUAUUACACCGGCAAUCGGUCUUACUACUUUUCCUUAACGUUUAACCCAUUGUCUUACUGAAUUACGCACUUUUGGUGUUACCUUUGCAUUUAUUCCUUUAUUAUGAUCGUAAUGCAUUGCUGAAGGAGCUCUUCGCAAAGCAACUAUUGUACAGAAGUAUAUAUUGUAUGUCCUGGUCAUGCUUCAUUCACUUGUAAAUGCGUUAUCCAGCACACAACUAUUUCCUCUCAUUUUUCCGUUUUUUUUCUUAAUUCUAAUCAUGUGGUAUUUUCUUAAACAGUAAAAUCUUCAAUAAAGCGUGCACAUUGAAUUAUACUUCAUCUUCGUGUGUACACAGUUUUUUAAGUUCACCUUACAAGCCAGUUUGUCCACAUGUACAAGUGAACUGGACGGGAUAGGUAUGGUAUUCUUAACUUAGCCCAAUAGCAUUCCGCGACGUUACUAUUUAUAGCUCACAAGGUCAUUUGAAUAAGAUAUUCAUGACGUUUUAGUCACGUGACAGUCGGACAUCAACACUUAUUUCUACGCAUUUGAGCUUAUUUCAAAGUCAAUUAUCUUUGACCCUGCAUUGUUUUUAGCAUGAAUGAUACCAUAGAGUCAGAGAGAGAAAUAUUCAGAACAAUUAUGUAGUAUUUCCAACACUCGGACAUGUGCCAGAUUGAAUCUAACUGCCCUAGUUAGAAAGCCUGAAUCCAUUACGAAACCGCAUGUUUGUCCGACAUUGCCUGCAAUUCAGCGAUGGGGAAAUAGAGGGCAGCAGCUGCAGUGACGUCAUCUUCGCGGAAUGCUAUUGACAGCUUCUGCUCCAGCUGAUGUGUUUGUCAUUCGGCGACGUGCACCUCCAAACACUUUUCCAUUUCACAAGAUGUUAUGAAUUGUUAAUUACUUGAAAUAAAGAUAAU